AUGGUUUUGGCUAAGUCGAGGUUGACAUGUUCCGCCGGCGCGGAGUCGCGUCAACGAAUGAAGGUAGCGAUGUACAAUCGCACUUGGUGGGACCUACCACAACACUGGCGAUGGCGCGGUGCGAGCCGGCCGCCCCUCGCGGUAAACACACCCCCACGCCCCUCCUCAGCUGACCCCCUCCCCCCUCCGUCCGUGCCUGCCCCGCACCCCCGCCCGCCGCACCCCGUUGCACUCCACGUGCACGCAAUGCAUUCACUUUUUAUGGCCGCUACUACAUUAUGUUUCUCUGGUAGUUUUUUAGCCCCCGUAACGAGCACCACA